AUGGGUUGUAGUUCUUCUAAACCGGCAGCAAAACCUGAUAGUAAGCUAUCUAAUGAUAUAGAAAGGCAGAGAAUUCUAGCUGAAAAAAAAGCUGAAUUAGCUAAAGCUAUGAAAAAGCCAAAUAAAGAUAUAUCAAAACCACUAACAGAAACAGAAAACGUAGAUAAAGAAGAAAAUUCAAAAGUAAAUGAACCAGUACUAUUAACGAAACCAGAGUCAACUUCAGAAGGGCAUAUAACAGAAACAAAUAAACCAGCUGAAGAGUAA